AUGCCUUCGCUUGCCAUCCCCUCUUGCAGUGACCUCUCACAUAACUACCUCACAGGUCCCCUUGUGAAGCUCCCGGCCAUCCAAGUAGAUCUAUCCAACAACUACCUGUCCGGUGCUGUUUCGGGGCCAGACUGCCUUCGAUACACCAUCGCCGCCAACUGCUUCACACAGAACAAAGCCUGCCGCCCGGAAUCGCAGCAGCGGCCCGCAGCGCAGUGCUCGGCAUUUUGUGGCAUCUCCAACACCACUGCUGCCUGUGGUGGCCGUGGCCUUGUCAACUUCACCUUCGCUCUCAUGCCCCAGCCUGGUUUCACUGCACCCAGCAGCUUCGCGUUUGUGAUCGCAGCAAAGGCCAAGGCAGGAGCCGCUGCUCGUGUGGGAUAUGGAGGAGCGGGGUCUGGAAGCAUAGCCGUGGUUUUCAAUAUGGAUGGGAGCAACCAGCAAGUGGGGUUGAGCAUCAAUGGGGGCGAGGAGCCCUUAGUAUCAGAACCAUCGACAUUCACGCUCACGGAUGGCUAUGCAUAUAAGGUCUGGGUGGACUAUGAGCCUGGGGAUCCCGGCACGGAAGGGCGCAUUCGGGUGUUUCUGGCUGGCGCUGAUGGAAAGCCGGUGGAGCCACUGCUGCAGGAGAGACUGUCGCUGUGUGCGGUGCUGCAGGGUGGGGUAAAGCAGCAGGCGUUCUCGUUUGGAUUUACAGUGUCCACUGCUGUGAUGCCCUUCCAGCUGCAUGGCAUUCUCUUCUCCUCUGUGCAAACAGGCAAGGAUAUCAAAACGUGGGGUGAGGGAGAUGGCUUGCCCGCCUGA